CUGUUCUCAAGUAACUGAAUUUUGGAGUUAUUGUUUUGGAUCCAACUUUUUUCACUUAACAUCACUCUGACAGAAUGGCUCGUCUGAACCUCUCGUUUUCAGGAAGGCACUUUCCCUGGGAUUCCACAAAGUCCUGUCGAGGACGGCUGGGCAGUUUUCCAGACUCAAGCUUCGCCCCACAGGGUCGGCGCCUCCGCGACAGGACUCCGCUCCGCCCAGACCUGACGGGACUCCGGGCGAGUGGCUCGAAGGACGCGGCGUCCACUCUGCGCAGGCCGGGGGACGGCGACCUCCGCACCCGCCCGGGGGAGCUGAGGUGGGAGACGCGGGCUGGGAGGACCGGGACGGGUCUGGCCGCGGCUCCCCGGCCACGCCGCGCUCUUCCGGGCCCCUGCUUCGACCCACGCCCGCCUCUCCGCCGGCCUCCCCUCCUUACCCGAGCGGCGGCCCGGCCAGCGACUCUCCGGGCGGCCUGCGGGGCCGGGGACCCGGGGACUCCGAGCACGCUCUCAGAGGGCGCUAGAGAGCGCCGGGGCGAGCUGUGCCCGAGCCCCGCGGGCGGACUCUGCCCCAGCACUGCGGCCUCUGACCUGAUCCUGCCGAGGCUGGGCUUUCUGUGUGAGGAGGGAGGAGCGGCCAGCCGGCCCGCCGCGCCCGGCGCCUCCUGGCCGCGGCGGCCGAGGGGCUGCGGGAGGCUGCUUGCGCCCCCUCGGCGCAUCACACUGAGGACGCCAGGCCGUCCGGUGAGUGAAUCGCCCCGGCGGCUUCGCUGUCAGCAGAGGUCGCGGAGGACCCCGAACUUGGGUGGAGUCUGGUUCGCUCCCGGGGAGCAACUCCAGGGAGUUCGACUCCGGGAGGUCGAUUUGCCCAGCGUGGAUUCGACCCGGUUGGCGCCCUCUGGAGCCGGGUUUAGGACCGGGACUUCGGCUUCCGGAUGCUAA